AUGCAUUUCCUUCAAAACUCCCUUAUUGCUGCGGCAAUGGGCGCUGCGCUGGUCGCUGCCGCCCCUGCUGCUGAUCUUGAUGCUCGAAGCUCGUGCACCUUCACCUCUGCCUCUGCGGCCAAGUCUGGCGCAUCCAAGUGCUCCACUGUCACCCUCAAGAGCAUCCAAGUUCCUGCCGGUGAGACCCUUGACCUGACCGGUCUCAAAUCGGGUGCUACUGUACGCGAGACAACCUUUGGCUACAAAGAAUGGAAAGGACCGCUGAUCUCCAUGUCCGGUGACAAAAUCACGGUUAAGCAAGCCUCUGGCGCAAAGAUCAACUGCGACGGGGCCCGCUGGUGGGACACCAAGGGCAGCAACGGCGGCAAGACCAAGCCCAAGUUCUUCAGCGCGCAUAAGCUGAACAACUCCAAGAUUCAGGGGCUGAAGAUCUACAACACCCCUGUCCAGGGAUUCAGUAUCCAGUCCGACCACCUGACCAUUUCGGACGUGACCAUCGACAACUCCGCCGGCACCAGCAAGGGCCACAACACCGAUGCCUUUGACAUCGGCUCCUCGACGUACAUUACCAUCGACGGUGCGACUGUCUACAACCAGGAUGACUGUAUUGCCAUUAACUCCGGCGAGCACAUCACCUUCACCAACGGAUACUGUUCCGGCGGCCAUGGCUUGUCUAUUGGCUCCGUCGGCGGCCGCAGCGACAACACCGUCAAGAGCGUCACCAUCUCCAACAGCAAGGUCGUCGACUCCCAAAACGGCGUCCGCAUCAAGACCGUCUACAAGGCUACCGGCUCCGUCACCGAUGUCACCUUCCAGGACAUCGAACUCUCUGGAAUCACCAAGUACGGCCUCAUUGUUGAGCAGGACUAUGAGAAUGGUAGCCCAACAGGUACCCCUACCAACGGUGUCGAGGUUGAAGAUAUCACCUUCAAGAAGAUUACCGGCUCUGUGGAUAGCAGUGCCACACGUGUCAAUAUCCUCUGCGGGUCAGGGAGCUGCAAAGACUGGACUUGGUCUGGGGUUGAUAUUACCGGCGGAAAGAAGAGCUCUAAGUGCAAGAAUGUUCCGUCUGGUGCUUCGUGCUAG